AUGCGGAACUCGCUGUCGACGAGGAAUCUGGAGAUGAUCAUGGCAAUCAAGCUCGACGUUCCUGCCGUCGCCGACUUCAAUUACGACAAGGCUGCAUGGCAUUCUGAGGUGACUCGGCACAGUACGACUGCAACGUCAACCUCUUCUGAAGGGCGGGACCUGGCCCGCACACCCAGAGCAGCAACGCCAGCAGCAUCAGCAGCAACAACAGCGCCAUCAGCAACAGCAGCGCCAGCAGCAGCUGCAGCGCCAGCAGCACCAGCAGCAGGAGCAGCAGCAGCAGCAGCAGUUGCAACUCCACCAGUUCUCCAGUUUGCUGAAGCGUUUCAGCAGAUGGUGCAGCAGAUGCCAGUCGGCUUGGCCAUGCAGGUGAUGCAGUGGCAGCCAGCAGCCACUCCACAAGGCUUUUUGUUUGUUUUUCUGUCGGAUGAUAUGACACGGCUCGAUCCGGCUGGCCUGCAUGCGCCAGGUACACUCUGA